AAAAAAAGAAGAAAAAGUUGAGACACUCCCCUCCAUCCGCUGAGCCAGGGAGGCGUUGAAGCCGCUGCUGUGUCUGGCUCCUCCCCUGCAAAGAAAGUCCAGGCCAUGUGUAGUUCUGGCACCUGGUGAUUGUUGAGCUGAGGCCUUUCCCUGCCUCGGGCUUUCGUAGCGAGGUCUGGGGUACGGAGGGACAGGGGCGCUCUGCCCCCUCCUCCCCCAUUCCCAAACCGAACACGGAUCAGAGCAGAGGUCUGGCUCCCACGAGCCUCCCUUCCCACAAAACGCGGAAAGUUGUGUGCGUGGGUGUUUAAUAAUAGUGGAAUUUGAGUUGCAUGUAGGCCCUCUGAGUUUGCACACUUGUAUGGUGAGGACACGGGGGCUUGCGAGUUGCGUUGUCAGUCGUGGCGAAAAAGUGCUUGGUUUGAGAUAUUUUCACCAACUUGUUUGCGGUUUUCUCUGUCCGCAGCAGCAAUAACUUUUCGUUUUCUUCUUGAGCUUGAAUUUAUUUAGCCGUUUUUGUACUCGGAGGUGAGCUGGAUGGGCAGAUUAGUUGAGAGAUUUGAUUAAAUUGCCUCCUGUUGUAACAAUCUUGUACGGCUGCCGCUGAGGCUGGUCUUGGUAGUAGCCAGGAAACGGAGGUUGAGGAUGUUCAGCCGUAGACCUUUGGUGUUUUCACCAUUUUGGAAGUGAAGAUGAGUGGCUAAACCCACUCAAGAGGGUUUGCUAUGAGGUGGUGUUUGCUGUAGCAAACCUGCUAUUCUUUGGAAAUGGCAGAUCUUGUGGGGCCUGUCUUGGCUUUUUUUUAAACCACACUAAAGGAGGCAGAGUGGUGGUUGCCGCCCCCUUCUCUUUGUUGCUAGCACUGGUUCUUUGUUCAGCCUAAAGGGGAAAGGAGGCCCCUGUUAGGGAUACUUUUGUUGAGGCUAGGAUCUUACUUUUCCUAGGGAAGAGGACUUGAAAGAGAGAAAACAGUGAUAGUUUAGAAGCUUUCUCUGUGAAAAUAUUUGCCUUUUUUAAAAAUCAGUUUCCUUUUUGUUUUGUUUUUUUUAAUUGCCUUUUUUUUUCUUUGAUGAAGUCAGGUAGCUUACUAGAUGUUGAUAUACUGUUUUCCUGUGAUUACUGGCUUUUGGUACUCGAUGCUAGCAUUAGAUUCCCUUAACAGCCAAAAAAGCUGUGCUUGUGAAGAGUGGAGAGAAACUGGAAGAGGAACAAGUUUGGAGGUGGCAGGAUAAUGGUGACUUAAAGCAGUUACAGUUCAUCGGUAGACUGGGAUAAAUGUAGUUAAUAAUGUAGAGCAAAUAGUAUCUGUCAUGCCUUAAAAUAAAUAUUUUAUAUGUGAAAGAAAAAGUUUUGGAAUAUUUUGGAUGUCUCAUUUAUUUGUGUUGCCAAAUCCAACAAUUAUUUUACAUGUCUUUUGGAAAUAGGGUUAUUGGAAGAAAUUUUAGAAUUUGUACCUAAAAUAAAUAUCCUGAUGCUACUGUGUGGUUCAUCUGGCAAUUCUGAAUAUUUCUAACUAUUGUACCAGCAAAGCCAUUGAUUCACAGUGAAGGGAGUGUUUGAAGCCUUAAAUAACCCAAAACAAAAAAAUACUGAGGUAGUGGUAUAUCUCUAAACGAAUGUAAUGUCUGAAGUAAAUUUCCCCUUUUUUGGGUCAUAAUUGGCUCUCCACACAUAUUUUUACUCUGUUUCUUAAAAGUUACAGACUAAAAAGUCUUGAAAAGUUCCAGAAGCAUAUACGCUUAUCUUCUGAGAUGCAAUAAACUUCCCCCUGCUUUUUGUGAAACUUGGUGAGAUUGUCAUUUAAGGCUGAUAUUUUAAAUUAGCCUGUCACUUUCUCAGUGUAUUGCUGUUAAGGUUUUUUUUCUAAGUCAAUACUUUUAGAAGCCUUCAUACUGUACUUGGAACCAAUAAGCUUUGAGUAGACGAAGCUUGAUUUCAUUACCUUGAGUUUGCUUGUAAUUGAAAGUCAACCACAUCCAGUUUGCAGAAUCUUCAUUGCUUGUGAUCAUGCUCAGGUCAGGAAUUUUGCUUAAAUUUAAGCCAGAAUACUAUUGGAAAAACGAAUUAAAAUACUUCAGUGAUCUUACUUAAAGUAUUUUUCAUAAAUGCUUCUGGUCUUGAUACAGCUUAGCAAAGUGUGCUGCUCACAUUGCCUAGAACCAUGCUAGAUGUGGAAGGCUAUCAUAGCUUUUAGUUUAGUUUCUUACCAUGUGUGUUCAGGUUUUUGUCAUGUUUUUGCAGCAUUGUGGCUCAGGUAGUUCAGCUCUUCCAAGGUGUUGUACAGUUGCCCAGAGCAGUGAGAACAGGCCCCAGAUGGUCUUUCCAGCUCUGUGCUCCUGCACAGACCAGCACAGCUCUAGAGAAUCGUGCAGCAACUGGUGUGGUUACUGUGAGUUCGUGUAUUUAUUCCACACCAGUGCACUAGCAGUGUUGUUUAGAUUGGUUCUUGUGCAUAAUUUAGUGUGGGUGUUCAAAAGGCUCUACCUUCAUGAAAAAUUUGAGAGAUCUGCAUCAGAGUUUGGCUCCACCCAUAAAGACGAGAUUAAACCUGUUUUAGUAGAGCAGUGUGUUACUAUAGUUGGGCAUUGUUUGAGUGGUACUUCUAGUUAAAGCUUACAUCUGCAGAUAAAAUGAACUUGGGUGUUUUCUGGAAAUUCAUCAGUACUUUGUGCAGUGCCUUCCAAACAUGGUGGUGGUGUCCAGUCUCUGCUCAGUGCUCAAAAGUCAGACUUUUGCUACUCUUCUGCUGUCUGCUUAACUUUAGAACCGGAACAAAAUGCCCAAUCCUUCAGAAGCUAGUGCUGUAAUUUUAGGCCUGUUUGAAUAGCUGUUUGUUUGACUCAUCAGGCAUUGAUGAUCUUUUAUUUUACAUUCAGCUUUAUAAGAGUUCACCCUUUUGUAUCGCUGAAGUCAAUUCAGUGUAACCGCUGCUCUUAAGAUAUGUUUUUUCCAUGUGGUUUCCAUUGUGGCAAUUAGGUUUCUUUGCAUAGUACAGUUCUGAAAUACCUCAUCAUUUCAUGGUAACUAUACUUAAAAUAAGCAGGAUCUGUGUACAUAACAGUUUAUCAGUUAAAAGUUAUAAAGUAAUGUAACGUACAAGUUACAAAGUAUUAAAAAACAGGUGUAGAUGUUAUCUCUUGUCUCUUAAGUCAGUCACUUCAGACUGCUUUGUAAUGCAUAAAUUUAAUGGUGUUAUUUUUCUGUAUGUCAUAGUAACUGACUUUUUUGACGGCAUAGCUUUUGUUAGUUGUGUGGUUUUGGGCAGAAUUAAAAUUCCUUUAGGGCAGGUAGCCUCUUGUAUUUUUUUAUGAGUUAGGAUAUUUUCUGUAGGCUUUGCUAAAGUUCCGGAUAGACAAGCAGGUCUCUAAAACUUAUGCUCAUCAAGGGAAUUGUGGGUGUAUUUUUAUUUGAUAGUUCUCAUCAUUUUGGCAUGUAAUUUGCAUGAAUUGAGAAGAAAAAAAUUAAAAAAAAAAUAAAUGUAUAUAUUGAACCCAAAACAUGACGAUGUAUGUAACAAUUGUCAGGUAGGUCUUCUGUAUCACAUAGUGAACAGUGUGGAGCAGUAAACUCCUAUAGUAUUAAAUGGGCACUUGGUUUGUCUCUUCUUAAUUAAGGACUCAACUUUCCAGAGAUUGUAUGUUGCUACUCAAUGGGAGCCAUUUAGCUGGCAUUUUUACUGAUAUAAAACACUGAAUUUCAGUUUUUGAAGCCUUGCUGUGAAAGAUUAAUAGAUUUGCAGACUUUUUACACAUAUUACUUUGCAUUUUUUCCCUUCUCUUCCUCAUUCAGUUACAUUAAUUUUUUUGUGCUUUCCAUGUGUUCCCACACUGGUAAGUGAUACACUGUGCUCAUAACUCUUCUGUAUGAUUUUUACUUCUAUAUUAGUAAGAAUUUACCUUUAUAUUAGUAAGUAUAAAGUCAAGUACUCAUGCUGUCUGCAGUAAUGAUCUUGUGAGCUUGGCCUCUCUGUACCUAUUCCUCAUAUAUACAGUUUUAUAUACAGUUUUAGACAGAGUUACUCUGGCAGAGGUUUGUGCAGAGCUAAUUAGCUCCAUCAGUGAGUGAGGUGUGCCAUCCUCACAAAUACUAGCUCUUGCUACACCUUGCUUUCCUUCCCAAAGUGCUCUAAUAAGGCUGUGACAUAUGAAGAAGAGAUAUAUAAAUUUCAGGAUCAGUGAAUGGAGUGUUUGUACCAGGAAGUGCACCACCUUCUUUAUUAGGUAAAGGAUGAGAGACUUUUGACAACUUUACCUCCAUCACAGUAUGAUGUCUCCAUGAUGGGUCCCCUUCAUGAUGUUGGUUGAAAAUCAAUGUACUAAUGAAGAAAGAGGAUCUUUCAUCUUUUCCUUCCUCACCCCUGCCUACAUAGGCAUCACUAAUCCCUUGAUACUUGAUGGGCUUUUUGUCCAUAUGCUUUAAGAAUUUUUUUUAUGGGGCUAACGCCAAAACCUUUUUUUGUUGGUGAUACUAAGACCUGAAAAUUAUAAAUGGUAUUGUAUUGCCUGUUGCUAAAGUGUAUUAUAUUGAUAUCUAUUGUUAGUCACUGUUGCUGGCCUCUAAUACAGAAGGAUCAGUAUUCUUCUGCCAGAUACUCACCUACAGAUCUUCUGUUUGACAAAUAAACUCCCAUUAAAUCUACCAAUGUGCCAAUUGUUUUAAAAUUCUCUUUUCUGGUAAAAAAAAUAAAUGAAAGCUAAAAAGUGUGCUUGAUUUAUUUAUAUAACUGUAUGCUGCAGUGUAUGGCAUAUAGACUAUGGAUAAGCUAAAAUUUGUUUAGUUGAUUAAUUGCAGUAUAUUGAAGGAUGUGUUGCAAGUGUAUUUAGGAAAUGUGUUAAUUUUAUUUUUUCUGUAUUUCAUAUGAGAAAAAUAAUACAAUUACAUCAUACAUAAGAUAUAAAAUAAUUCUUAAUUUUAUGCUUCCCCAUCCAUCAGCAUUUCGAAUAAAAUGUCAGUGAUGACUAUAGAAGCUGAAGUAUUUAAAAUUGAAAUGAUCUCUUAAAACUCCAUUUUUAAGCCACAGAUGCAUUUGUAAUGAAGUUCCUUUAAUAAUAUCACAUUAUUUAUAAUCAUUAUUUUCCUAAAAAUCUCAAAAUUUAAAGCUCUUACUAGCCUGAAGAUUUUUUAAAAUCUGGGACUUAACAGUAACUUCAAAACAUAGAGUGGAGCUAGUAAAUGGUGGGUUUUCAUCUUCUAGGCAUUAGUUUCAAAGAGCUGUGAUAGUUUUUUUCCUAAACAUCAAAUAUAUAAGGUAUUCUUUUGUAAAGCGCUUGAAAAUGUUUUUGUUGGAAGGAAGGAGUUUAUUUAUACUCUUAAUACUUUUGCUCUUGACCUGAGUGUGACCACACCUGUAGGCUUGCAAUAAGUAACUGACAAAAAGUGCUAUUCUUCCACUUAGUACCCAAGUUAGAAGGUCCAAACUCUUCAAAGUUCUCAAUGUUAAAACUUGGUAUUUCUAUUGUUAUGGGAUGACUAAGAGCUAGGUAUUAACGGGUAGUUUUUCUACAUCUUCUUCUUAUGGUACAUUAGGUUAUAUUUGUUUUCUUAAGUGUCCUUACUCUCCUUGUCUCUUUGAAAACUGAAAGCUUGAAGGAUUUUAGAAUGCUUUGAAACUUUUAAUCUUACUGUAAUACUUGUUUUUCUUGGUAGCUGGUGAUGCCACAGCAAGCUGACAUUUACCCUUCCUCCACAAAGCCCAUGCUGAAGAGGUGAAACUAAAGCUGUUUUGUAGUAGUUCUGCUUCUUACCUCUGACUGAUAAAUUUACAAAAUAGUAUGACAUUGUGAAAAUAGUGUUUCUUUUAUUCCCAGUGGACAAGGCAGAGCAUGUUGAAGGAUGUGAAAGAAAAAUAAAAAGUUCAAGAAGGUGAUAUUGGAAACUAUUACUAUGGACAAGGACAUCCAAUGAAACCUCACAGAAUCCGAAUGACUCACAACUUGCUGCUAAACUAUGGCUUAUACAGAAAAAUGGAAAUUUAUCGACCCCACAAAGCAACUGCUGAGGAAAUGACCAAGUACCAUAGUGAUGAAUACAUCAAAUUUCUCCGAUCAAUAAGGCCUGACAAUAUGUCUGAGUACAGCAAGCAAAUGCAGAGAUUUAAUGUUGGAGAAGAUUGUCCUGUGUUUGAUGGCCUGUUUGAGUUUUGUCAGCUGUCAACUGGAGGCUCUGUUGCUGGGGCAGUAAAAUUGAACAGACAACAAACAGACAUGGCUGUCAAUUGGGCUGGGGGACUUCACCAUGCCAAGAAAUCGGAGGCAUCUGGUUUCUGUUAUGUCAAUGAUAUUGUGCUUGCCAUCCUUGAGUUACUGAAGUAUCACCAAAGAGUGUUGUAUAUUGAUAUUGAUAUCCAUCAUGGUGAUGGUGUUGAAGAAGCAUUUUAUACCACAGAUCGUGUCAUGACAGUAUCAUUCCAUAAGUAUGGUGAAUAUUUUCCAGGCACAGGGGACCUUAGGGACAUUGGUGCUGGAAAAGGCAAAUACUAUGCUGUCAACUUUCCAAUGAGGGAUGGUAUAGAUGAUGAAUCAUAUGGACAGAUAUUUAAACCAAUUAUAUCUAAAGUAAUGGAGAUGUACCAGCCCAGUGCUGUGGUAUUGCAGUGUGGAGCAGAUUCACUGUCUGGGGACAGACUGGGAUGCUUUAAUCUUACUGUUAAAGGUCAUGCUAAAUGUGUGGAAGUUGUAAAGACUUUUAACUUGCCACUGCUGAUGUUAGGAGGAGGCGGCUACACAAUUCGUAAUGUUGCUCGAUGCUGGACAUAUGAAACUGCUGUUGCCUUAGAUUGUGAAAUUCCUAAUGAGUUGCCAUACAAUGACUACUUUGAGUAUUUUGGACCAGACUUCAAGCUUCAUAUUAGUCCUUCAAAUAUGACUAAUCAGAAUACACCAGAAUAUAUGGAGAAGAUCAAGCAACGCUUAUUUGAGAACUUGCGCAUGUUACCUCACGCACCUGGCGUACAGAUGCAGGCCAUUCCUGAAGAUGCUGUUCAUGAAGACAGUGGAGAUGAGGAUGGAGAAGAUCCAGACAAACGCAUUUCUAUUCGAGCAUCUGAUAAGCGCAUAGCCUGUGAUGAAGAAUUUUCAGAUUCUGAAGAUGAAGGGGAAGGUGGACGACGAAACGUUGCAGAUCAUAAGAAAGGAGCAAAGAAAGCCAGAAUAGAAGAAGACAAAAAAGAGACUGAGGACAAAAAAGCAGAUGUUAAGGAGGAGGAUAAAGCCAAGGACAGCAGUGGUGAAAAGACAGAUGCCAAAGGAGCAAAAUCAGAACAGCUCAGCAACCCUUGAACAAAAGAUAGCCUCUCAUCAGUUGCAGAACAUAAUACUACAGUCUGAGAAUACCCAAAAGGACAAAAGUUUUCGUAUGGAGAGAGACUGCUGAUUUCAUUUUGUACUAUUUGGCAUGGACUGUAUUUAUUUUCAAACGGCUUUGUUCUGUUUUUUGGCAAGUUGUAUUGUGAGUUUUCUAAUUAUGAGGCAGAAAUUCCUUCCUUCACCAUGCUUUAUGUAAUAGUAUUUAAAAAUGGAUGUGAGUUAUUAUGUUAAAUGUCUAAACUGAUCUAUUAAAGUAAUUUGCCUUUCCUGAGCUGAUUUUACCUUUUUUGUAAUUUUAUCUUUAUUAAAAAAAAAAAA